UGAAAAAGAUAUAUAUACAGAAAACUGUGUUUGUUUGAAUUAGAGAUUAAACCCUCUGUUCUGUGUGUUUGUUCUCAUGGUAUAUUUGAGAAACAACUGGAAGCCCUUUCUAAAAACAUACACAGGACAGGAUUGACACUUGUUUCCGCCAUGGAUUAGCACCUGCCAGAAACUCCCAAUGACCCUUCUGGACUCAUCUUCCAAAUUCUCUCCCUCUCCCCAUAUCUUUAUAUCAUCAUCUUUUUAAAUCUCCAUAUCUGCCCUAAAACAAAACCCACUUCACAUCUCUCAUCUGGAUACCCGUUCUCCAUGGCCCUCACCCGUUUGGCUCUAAGGAAUUUGCAGCAAAGGGCUGCCUUUGCUUCCUCUCCUGUUGAUACUUUAUUUCCCAAACAAACUGCAGCCCUGAUUAGAAGAUUGAGUGAUCAGAGCUCAGAAGGAAAUUCCAAAGAGAUCGCCGUUAAGAAUGAAGAGAACACCAAAAUAGCCCCGAAAAGGGAAGGCAAGAAAUGGGUACCAUGGAGAAAGAACGAGGGGGAGUUUCAUCUAGGAAACUCACUGAUGCAAGCAGCAGAGCAUAUAAACAGAGUGCUGAAAAGCUUGAACUUGAGUCGUCCAUGGUGGGUCUCCGGUGGCCGUGUGAAAGAGCAAGAAGAUUGGUACAAACUGCGAGUGGAGAUGCCUGGGAUCGCUAAAGAUGAAGUGAAGGUGACAGUGGAAGGUAGGAUGCUGAACAUCAGAGGAGAGCACAGGGAAGAAGAGGAAGAAGAAGAAGACGAAGGAUUUGCAGAGAGUUAUGGCUACUAUGAAAGCACGGUGAUGCUGCCGGAAGACGCGGUGGCGGAGGAGAUCAAAGCGGAGUUGAAAGAUGGGGUUUUGACGAUCACCAUUCCGAGGACUGAGAAGCCUCCAAAGGAUGUUAAAGAGAUCACCGUUGUGUGAAAUGUUAGCUGAGUUUCGUCACAUCUUGUAGUCCUUUUAAUUUUACCCAUGUGGUCAUGUAAAACAUGAAUGAACGAACAAUCUUGUAAGAUGUUUUAAAAUGUUUAUCCUAAAUCAUCACCUUACCUUUGAGCUU